AGUGCGUAGACACGCCCGCCUGCUUCGAUCCGCGGAAGACACUGCUCCGCGCCACCAUGGAGCGCAUCGAGGGGGUGGCCGUGGGCCUCUGUGCCCAUUCGCCCUACCUGCGGCCUCUCACGCUGCACUACCGCCAGGAUGGUGUCCAGAAGUCCUGGGACUUUAUGAAGACACAUGACAGUGUGACGAUUCUCAUGUUCAACUCUUCUCAGAGAAGCCUGGUGUUGGUGAAGCAAUUCCGCCCAGCUGCCUACGCAGGCGAGGUAGAGCGUCACUUCCCAGGGUCUCUGACAUCUGUGGACCAGGACCAGCCCCAAGAACUUCAGCAAAUACUGCCUGGCUCAGCGGGAGUGAUGGUGGAACUGUGUGCCGGUAUUGUGGACCAGCCUGAGCUCUCACUGGAAGAAGUGGCCUGCAAGGAGGCUUGGGAAGAGUGUGGCUAUCACCUGGACCCCACCGAUCUACGCAGAGUUGCCACGUACAUGUCUGGAGUAGGGCUGACUGGCUCCAGGCAGACCAUGUUCGCGGAGGUGACAGAUGCCCAGCGAGGUGGGCCUGGCGGAGGCCUGGCUGAGGAGGGAGAACUCAUCGAAGUGGUCUACCUGAAUGUGGAUGACGCCCAGGCCUUUGCAGACAACCCUGACAUCCCCAAGACUCUGGGUGUUAUCUUCGCUAUCUCCUGGUUCUUUAAUCAGGUGGUUCCCCAUCUGAGCCUCCAGUGAGACCCUGGGGCUGGACAGCCCUAUCCCAUCCACCCAUUCGUGCCCUGCACACUCAAUAAAGCAUGUGUAAUUUUUACUGAU